GUAGCGGCGGCGGGAGGCAGGAUGAGCGCACGCGGUGAGGGCGCGGGGCAGCCGUCCACUUCAGCCCAGGGACAACCUGCCGCCCCAGCGCCUCAGAAGAGAGGACGCGGCCGCCCCAGGAAGCAGCAGCAAGAACCAACCGGUGAGCCCUCUCCUAAGAGACCCAGGGGAAGACCUAAAGGCAGCAAAAACAAGAGUCCCUCUAAAGCAGCUCAAAAGAAAGCAGAAGCCACUGGAGAAAAACGGCCAAGAGGCAGACCCAGGAAAUGGAACAUCAUGGACAAAACAUAUCUAAAUGAGAAGGAAACUUUGAGACAUUGAGGAUUGAUUGGAGUGGAAGUGACCUGGAAGCCUGCAGUGAUCCCAGGCAGGAGAGGACAAUGGCCAUGUCUGCAGUGGUACAGUCUGAGGGGGAAGGUUGUGGACUCAUAUGUGGAGAACUGGGAGUGUGGCACUGGAGAAGACCAGUUGGAAAAUUGAUUGUCCUAGCUGUGAGAGCUGAACCAUGAGGAAUGUCUAAGAGCACUGAAACUGGGGAGAAAAGAAAAUAGCGUGGACAUGGUAAUGCUUAAAUGAAUACUUACAUAUGAUACUGGCUUAAUAUUUUAAAUCUAUUGAAUAUACUGUUCAAGUUCAUAGAAGCAAGAAACUUCCCCCCAUAUUUGUACUGUAUUAAUCUUUUGGUUUCCUUGCCUCAAUUCAGUUUUGUUUCAUGUUUAAUUAUGGGGCUGAAAGUACAUAAGUUUGAGUAGUCUAGAGUGGAAUGUGGUUAAAUAUCCCUGCAGAUUACUUUAUGUGUUUCAGUAUUCUAAUAAAAUCAGCCGCAGUGAUCCAUAUGGGAUUUGUAGAUGCUGUUUUCCCGAGGCCCUUUUCUCUAUGGCUGUCUGUGACCUUAGCCAUUGAAUCGCUUAAUCGUUUUUGGCCUCCUAAGUCAGUGAUUCUGAGCGGGCAGAGUGGUAAUGUGAUGUCAUGUCUGGGGCAUGAGCCUGCAUCCUCGCCGCACAGGGGUCCCACCCUUCCUGGUCUAGGCAGCUCAAUGCACAGUGCUUGGCGCAUCGUGAGUGCUCAAUAAAUUCAGUCGCUUUUCCCGUCUCUCUUUGGAUCUCAAAUAGAAAUAUCCAAAUUUGGGAAUGCCACCAAAGCAUUAGGUUCCCUAAUUAAAGUCCAUAGUAAAAGCUGAGGCAGAUGUGUAGGAAUGCAGUUCCAGACACUGUAGUUAAUCUAGGAGAGAUGAUUGCACUGUAUUUACGACAAGGCUUCCCAUGCUCAUGAAUCAUAAUAAGAACUCUUACAGGAUUAAUGAGUUUUAACUUAAUGAGUUUUAACUUAAUGCAGAAUUUUUAAACUAUGUGUAAUACUGGGACAUUUCAAAGUGUUUGUCAUGAAAAAUGCCUGAUGGAGGUACACAUUUCGAGAUAUUCUGUGUUACACCUACAUUGUUUGUUAUCUUGUUGACAUUUUCUGUUCCUUUUACAAAAAGGUCAGAAGGAAGGCCCUCCACAUUUUCUGUAGAUUGCUAGAUAAGCAAUCCAUCAAGAUAGAAAGGAACAUUUUGAUAGCCUUACACAUUUAUGUUUUUCAAAAUAAAAAAAUUCUUUAAAUAAAACUUUCUUUCGUGCCCUUUCUCUGGUAGAGAGAAAAAUUAGCCCCCUUUUCUUUCAGAGACAUGCCUUGUGCGCUUUGCCCAGUUUUCCCCUAAUGCUGGCAUUUUGUAAAACUGUAGAACGAGAUCUCAAUUAGGAUGUUGACAUUCAUACAAUCCAUUCAUCGCAAUUAGAUUUCCCCAGUUUCGCAUGUACUUAUUUGUGUGUGUGUAUGUGUGAGCAUCAAGUUAUAUGCAACUUUAUCACAUGUAGGUUCAUGUAUUCACUACCAGAGGUAUUAUUAUUUUUUAAGUUCCAGGGUGCAUGUGCAGGAUGUGCAGGUUUGUUACACAGGUAAAUGUGUGCCAUGGUGGUUUGCUGCAUCUAUCAACCCAUCAGCUAGGUAUUAAUCCCAACAUGCAUUAGCUAUUCUUCCUGAUGCUCUCCCUCCCAACUCCAGUAUUCUUUUAAGACUGUCAGUUGCUCAGGAGUUUGUGGCACAUCCCAUGAUGACAUACACUAAAUGUGUCUUCUCUAAGUACACAAGAACUUUGCAUGACUGUAGGAAUGUGGGGAGAGGAAUUCUGGCCCAUGGUUCCUGUCUUUGGCUGUGCAGUUACUCUUUCACAUUCCCUCAUUAUAAAGGUCUGGCUGGCCCUGGCAAAAUCAUAGGUGGGCUUGGCACACAGCAAACUGCUUGCCUGAAGUAACUUACACUUUUGUACUGCACUCAGAGUUCUGCCAACUUCAGAGGCCAGGAAAGAAAGAAAGGAUUGGCCUGGGAGUGUUACACACCUGCUUUUCCUGAGGGCACAUACAACAGGCAUAUUUGAGUACCUGCUUGCCCUUUGGGAUAUAUUGAAACACAUGCCUGUAUCGUCCUGAAGUUGUGGAUGAAUACCUUCAUCCCCUGGAAAUUGCUUGUUUCACAUAGAUUUUAAAUGUCCAUGCGGGCAGAUAUUCAUUAAGGAAACUGUCCUGUUAAUUGUACUUUGGCUAUCUGGCCCAGUCUCUAGAACAAUUAUAGUAGAACCAUGUCAUCUUGACACAUUUAGGAAGAUCCACAUUUGAGAAUGCCACUGUAAUGUUUAGGUUCCCCAAAUAAAAAUUUCAUAUUACAACCAUGUCUCUCUCUUUCCUUUCUCUCUCUCUCUCUUUCUCAUUCUCUCUGUCUCUCUCUCUCUCUCUCACACACACACACACACACACACAGCAAAGCUGUGCUAAGAUGCAAACACUAGGCAGAUGGCCAAGUUGCCCCUCCAGGUUAAAUGUCUCAGGCCUGCACUGUAGUCUGAGAAAAAAUGGAUUUGCAAACAGCUCAAACUGUGAAUAUUAACAUUUAAGAAUGGCCAAGGUCUAUUGCAUUUCACUAGUCACUCCUAGAAUCUGAGUGUUUGUUUAGGUAACCAGAACACAGAUGAUGAUAAUAAUGAUUGAUCAUAGUAACUGAAGAGUAAAACACUAUCAAUGUGAUCAUUAUGGGGUUCUUUUAGAGAAUACAUUUAGUAUAUUUGGACCCAAAGCCCUAUUGGAUCCUAAAUCCCAGCUAUGCUGUAGCAUACAAAGAGCUGUUUUUCUUUUUCUUUUUUUUUUUUUGGACUAAUGCUUUUUGACUAUUGGCACUUCAAAUAUCUACUAAUUACAAGUGAUAUUCUUUAUUUUUGGUGGCAACUAUUAUCUUAUUUAAACAAAAUCAUGCUUUUGAAUCAGCUGUAGACAUUUUUGACAAUCUUGGAAGUACAGAAAAAGUUAUAUUUGAAAGAAAAUAAUUAUAGAAUAUCAGCAUAUGCUGCUGUUGCUUCCAUAGCAAACUCCUUUGGGCCUUACUCAACCAAAAUAAAUGUGGCCACAUUGCUGCGGUAGGCAUGGCUCUAGGCAAACGGAAGACUGCAAUUCUGUUUCCUGUGUCCUGCUUUCUGUCCCUGAGGUCCAAGCAAUGCCAGAACAGUGAAUUUGAAAGUAUUAAAAUGUUGGUCUGUGUGGUCCUUGGUCUUCCCAUCUAUAAAGCUAGACUUGGUGUAGAGGUUAUAUAGUUAAAUCCUCUUAUAUUCUACAGGUGACAAAAUGAAAACCCAGAGCAAUUGUGUCCAGUUCAAGACCAUGCAACCUUGUUAGCUCUGACAAGAGCCAGGUUUCCUGACUUCUAGUCCAUUGCUUAUCCCUGUAGCAAGCCGCUUCCUCUUGCCUCACCCGAUCUUCCUUGGAUUUCCAUUGGGAAUGUUGACCACAGUUCUGAUAAAUCUCUUCCUUCAGGUCCUGUGUUAGUUUCUUCAGGGCUGUCGUAACAAAGUGCCACAAACUUGGGUGCCUUACCACAACAGAAAUUUGCUCUUUCACAGACUGGAAACUGGGAGUCUGACAUCAUGGUGUUGGCAGGGCCGUGCACUCCCUGAAGGCUCUAGGGAAGAAUCUGUUCCAUCACUUUUCCUUCACUUCUGGUGCUGUUGGUAAUCCUUGAUGCUCCUUGGCUUUUAUAUGCAUUGCUCCAUUCUCUGUCUCGGUUGCCACAUGGUGAUAAUAGCAGUUCCUGUGUGUCUGUGUCUCUUUUCCUCUUAUAAGGACACCAGCCAUAUUUGAUCAGGGCCCACCCCACUGACUUCAUCUUACCUUGAUUAUAUCUGCCAAUACCUUAUUUCCAAAUAAGGUCACAUUCAUAGGGACAAGGUGGGUUAGGGCUUCACUAUAUCUUUUUAGGGGACACAAUUCAACCCAUAACAGUUCUUUAUAACUUUAAACCUGUUAGAACCAGGCUGGUAUUUGUAAUGCAUAAUGAGAAACUGCAGUGAAUUUCAUUAAGUGUAAAGCAUCAUAUCCAACAUUUGUAGUUUGUUACAAUAACACAUUCAAAAGAUUUAUAGACUGUUUUUGGUGUGAUUUUUGGAUUAAUUCCCUCUUUUGAAGACAUUUGUUGGGUUUAGUUUAUUUUAAGGAAGGAAUGAAUAGACCUGAAAACACCUAAUUUUUAUUUUCAAUUUAGCCUGGAAGCUAGCAAAAGCUUUUGCAGAGAACUGAAACUGUGUCACAGAGCACCAGCACUGUAUUUGUUAUCAUUUUGGCCUUCAGUUUUAUUAAUGCUUGUUUGAUGUGUUAAGCCUCUAGCUAAGACAAAAAGACAGAACUUUAGGGUUUUUUUUUUUGUUUUAGCAGUAAUAAAGUCUAGAAUAAAAUGUUUGCUCUAUAAUAUUUAAUGGUGUGUAUUCGAUUUUUAAACCAAAAUUUAAAAGAAAGAAAUCUCAUUCUCAUUCAGCACUGUCAAAUGUAUUCAUUCCCCCAGACUUCACUGGUUGAAUAUAAUAAUUUGUGUGUAUAAACAGUCUUCCUGACUGCAUUCUCUUUAAUAUUCGUUUAUCAAUUUGGGAGGAAAUUUCCAAAUAACCUUUAUUUGUACCUUAAAAAAAUAGUUUUAAACGAAGUCAUGGGAAUGGAUUGCUGUGUCUUUUACUGACUUUUAUAUAUGUGAUUCCAAACCUUCCUUUAAAUUAAUGUCUUUUAACUUCAAAUACACCUCUUCCCAUAAGGCUAGUCCCCAUUUCCUAUAAUCUUACAGACCUAGGAGAACAAUAUUUUCCCUUCUGUCGUUUUGAUAAUUACGUCCUCUGUGCUCAGUGGUGGCCUAUUAACUCCCAUGAAUACCAUGGGCUUGCAAAAUAGCCUCAAAUUUCCAUAUAUUGGAACUGUGAGAAUUUUCUAUAAUGGUGCUUUAGCAAUAAUGAUGGAGGUGCAGGCAUUUCCUGAGGAUUAAUGACCAGCUGGGAGGAACCAGUGGCCCUUGGCUCUGCCUCCCAGCCAGCCAUUAAUUCUAAGGAAAUGUCUUUUGCUGAGGUCGUUAUUGCUAUUAUAAGCUUAAAAUGGAAAAACAUAAUAGGCGUAUGAGUUAUUUUUAUGGGUUGAUGCAGUUUCCAAUGGUAUGUACUAAUUUGAGAAAAUGAAUGUCUAUACAUACAAGAGUAAGUCAGAUUGUUAGACUCAUCCCUCAGUAUUCCAUAUGUUUUGUGACUGAUUUUACAGUUCUCUCUACCUUUCUCAUUUAUAAAAAAAAAAAAAGAAAGAAAGAAAGAAAAUUUGAUUCAGCAAUUCCUAAAAGUGUUGUAUUCAGUGACACCUUUGGAAACACCAGUUUCUGUUAUCAACUUCAAAUAAUAGGUUUUAUGUAUGAUCUAAAGGGAAAACAGGUUUUAUGUAUGUUUUUCAAUCCUGUGACAAUUUUUCUUUUAGAAUGAAACGUUGCAAGAAAUGAAAAAUAAAAAAAACCACUCUGUAACGAUUUUGCUGUGCUCCUUUGAUUUUUCUCUGUUUUUGUUUAACAGGUUCCUUAUAUUUGUACCUUUACAUAUUGAAUUCAUGAGAGUUAUGCACAGCCUAGUUAUUCGACAUUCCAGGGGUUUUAAAAAAAUGUAUAUUAAAUAUUGCAGUAAUGGUGAAUGCUUUAACAUAAAACCACAAAAAACCUCCUAAAAAUAAAGCCAAAGAGUCAAAAUCUCACUCCCUGUGCUUCUUUCUGAUUCUUUUUAAAAGGCAGCCCUUCUUGUACAGUAUUUCUACUUUUUAUUCUAAUCAACUGGCCUGUUGCAUUAUUUUUACGUAGAUUGCUAACAAGGUUUUUGGAGAAACAUUCUUAAAAGUCAUAAAAGGGAAAAUCUUGACAGUUCUGGAAUAUUGCCACCCUUGACCUUUUGGAGAAAUGUAGACAGCAUCUCCCAGGCAUGACGCCUAGGGAUCGUGUUUAUCUGUCAUCAGUUGGUGACUCCAUGUUUAUUGAGCACUGGCUAUAAGCCAGACUUGGUGAGGGACUGAAACAAUUACAAGACACAGUUCUGCACUGGAAGAAAUAGGAAUCAACCUAAGAUUUCCUGUCCUGCUAGGUCAUCAGGUUCCUGUCCCACUACUUUCCUUCCUCUACCAAAUUCACUUAUAGCCUCUAAGUAGUGUAACUAUCAAUAGCACCGCUUUCACUCCCCAAAGUGUCCUAAUUUGGAGAGUAAGUUGUAUGAUCACCCUACCUACAGUCUGCCUGUUUUCCAGUGCACACUUUGUCUCUCCCCCGCUCUUGUUACAUGUGUGUUCUGAGGCCACUUCCAGAUUGUUCUUCCUCUGUCAUUACUCCAGCAUGUCAUUGCUCUGCUCAGAAACUGCUAACUGGGUCUUCAUUUGUGAUUAAAUAAUACCAUUUUUCUUAUAUACAUGUAGCCGAAAGCUCUAUUUCCAAUAUGGAAAUAACCAAGAGUAAACAUCCUAUUCCAUGAACAGGACAAACACUUACUUUCUCACCUUCACUUUUACCUGCAAUUUCCUUCUCCCAUUUUCAGCUGCUUAAAAUCUUCUUUAAUCUUCAAAGUCCAGUUUAGACAGCACCUUUUAUGAAUUAGCUCCUUACUGCCCUAGUCAGAAGUGGGCUGUCUCAUCCCUGGAGGAGGGUAAACACGCAUUGCAGAUGCUUCUCAACUUGCCAUGGGGUUAUGUCCUGAUACACUCAUUGGAAAUCGAAAAUAUCAUCAGUCAAAAAUGCAUUUAGGCCGUGUACGGUGGCUUACUUUUGUAGUCCCAGUAUUUUGGGAACCUGAGGUGGGAGGAUUGCUUGAGCCCAGGAGUUUGAGACCAGCCUGGGCAAUAUAGUAACGCCCCAUCUCUAAAUAUAUAUAUAUAUAUAUAUAUAUAUAUUAAAAAUUAACCAGGUGUGUGGUGGCACACACCUAUAGUCCCAGCUACUCGGGAGGCUGAGGUGGGAAAAUGCUUGAGCCUGGCAUCUCUAGGCUUCAGUGAGCCAUGACUGUGCUACUGCACUCCAGCCUGGGCAACAGAGCAAGACUCUGUCUGAAAAGAAAAGAAAAGAAAAGAGAAAAGGAAAAAGGGUAUUUAAGACAUCUCACCUACUGAACAUCCUAGCUUUGCCUAGCCUACCUUAAAUAUGCUCAGAACACUUACACUGCCUACAGUCUAAGCAUAUUUACAUUAAAUAUGCUCGGAACACUUACACUGGCCUACAGUCAUCUUACACAAAGCCUGUUUUAUAAGAAAGUGUUGAAUAUCUCAUGUAACUUACUGAAUACUGUACUGAAAGUGAAAAACAGAAUGGUUGUAUGGGUAUUUGAAGUACAAUUUCUACUGAACGUGUAUCACUUUCACACCAUCGUAAAGCCAAAAAAUUCCAGUCAGGUCAUCAUAGGUCGGGGACUGUCUGUAUGA